UUUCCUUUAGGUCCAUAAUGUAUUUUUGUAAUGGCGGUCAAGGUGGUUCUAUGAUUACUUGAAAAAAAUAAUGAUUUGCCAUCUGUGUUUUUGAUUAUUGUAUUGUAAUGUAAACGGAUUUUACUGUUAAUGUCAAAAUGAUGGAUGAUGUAAGUGUUGAUAAAGUUAGAAAGGACAUCCGAACCAUUGAAAUUGGUCAAUUAAACAAAGAAUCAAAUCCAGCACCUCCUCCGUCUGCAGGAAAAACUGCCGUGGAAUCAAUCUCAAAUUUUGGGCAUGAAAUGUCAGGAAGCGAUGAAGAUGAAGCUUCAGAAGUUGAUUCUUUCAUUUUAGAUGAAAAUGAUAUUGAAGAAGGUGAGCAAGCAUCAAAAUUUCUAUUGGCUGCAGAGGCUGAAGGUCAGGGUAUUCAGACUGUAGAUCCACAAACACAAGCUCGAUUAGAAGCAUUGUUAGAAGCUGCAGGUAUAAGCAAAUUGUCAUCCAAAGAUGGCAAAGCAUUGUCAGAUCCAGAAGUCCUGCGUACACUUACCUCAUCUGUAAGCAGUGCACUUGAUGAAGCUGCCCAGGCAUUACAUCGCAUGAGAGAUUCUCAAGGACAACUUGUUUCUGCUGAUGGAAUGCAACUUGAAGCUAAUGGAGAGAGUGAGUCCCUUGUUCAUCGUUCCAACUCAGGCAAUGUUGCUGAUGCCUCAGAAGAAGGUGAAAGUCUUCUUUCACUGGCUUGUUCAGCUGGAUAUUAUGAGUUAGCUCAGGUCCUGCUUGCCAUGAAAGCCAAUGUUGAAGACCGAGGAAUAAAAGGAGAUUGUACACCGUUGAUGGAAGCUGCUAGUGGUGGACAUGUUGACAUUGUGCGCUUAUUACUACUUCAUAAUGCGGAUAUAAAUGCCCAAUCUUCUGCUGGUAACACCCCUCUUCAUUAUGGAGCGUGUGGAGGGUUUAAAGAAGUGGUUCAAGAGCUGUUGCUUAGUGGUGCCAAUGUUGAGAUUCAUAAUGAAAAUGGGCACACACCUUUGAUGGAAGCAGCCUCAGCAGGGCAUGUUGAAGUUGCAAAGAUUCUACUAGAGCAUGGUGCUGGGAUUAACACCCAUUCUAAUGAAUUUAAAGAGAGUGCGCUCACUUUGGCUUGUUACAAAGGGCACUUAGAUAUGGUGAAAUUUUUAUUAGAAGCAGGUGCUGAUCAGGAGCACAAGACUGAUGAAAUGCACACUGCAUUAAUGGAAGCAUCCAUGGAUGGUCAUGUUGAAGUGGCUAGGCUUUUGUUAGACAGUGGUGCUCAAGUGAACAUGCCAGCAGAUAGUUUUGAGUCACCCUUGACUCUAGCUGCAUGCGGUGGUCACAUUGAAUUAGCCAGUUUACUCAUUGAACGUGGAGCUAAUAUUGAAGAAGUCAAUGAUGAGGGUUACACACCACUGAUGGAGGCUGCUAGAGAAGGCCAUGAAGACAUGGUGGCUUUGCUUUUAUCUCAAGGUGCAGACAUUAAUGCUCAGACAGAAGAAACCCAGGAAACUGCCUUAACUUUAGCAUGUUGUGGUGGAUUUCUUGAGGUGGCAGACUUUUUGUUGAGAUCUGGUGCUCUCAUUGAGCUUGGUUGCAGCACACCUCUCAUGGAAGCUGCACAAGAAGGUCACUUGGAACUUGUUUCUUUCUUGUUACAGUCAGGUGCAAAUGUUGAGGCUCAGACUGGAACUGGUGACACAGCUUUGACAUAUGCUUGUGAAAAUGGACAUACAGAUGUGGCUGAGGCUUUGCUAGAGUGUGGUGCUAAAUUGGAACACGAGUCUGAGGGUGGACGCACACCACUCAUGAAAGCUGCAAGAGCAGGUCAUCUAUGUACAGUUCAGUUCCUUAUAAGUAAAGGGGCUGAUGUAAAUAAAUGCACAACUUCAAAUGACCAUACUGUGUUGUCCCUUGCAUGUGCUGGAGGUCAUUUGACUGUGGUCGAAUUAUUAUUGCAGCAUGGUGCAAAAUUAGAUCAUAAGUUGAAGGAUGGCUCAACUAUGGUAAUUGAAGCUGCAAAAGGUGGACACACCCAAGUUGUCAAACUUUUGCUUGAGUGGCCUAACCGCUUUAUUAACAAUGCAACUGAUCAGUUACAUCAGCUAAGUGUGACAGAUGCACCAGUUGAAGAGCCUCGAGUUCCUGUUCAAGGACUAGCCAAUAUUGUACCACCUAGUGAACCAGAUUCUCAGCUCCCAGUUAGCUUAGCUUCAGCUAUUCAAGCAAAGACUCCAGAAAGCAUUCGUCAAAGCAUGCAAAAGUCUGUUAGCAAGAGAGUAAAUGGUGUUCAGACUGAUGCAAAGAGUGGAAAUAAAUUCUGUAAUGCUGUGGUACCUGAAAAUUACCCACAAUAUUUUAAUAACACUGGUUUGAUGGACGAAAAGGCAAUUGAUAAGGAUGAAAAAAUGACCACAAACCAGGCUGCAAAAGAAGAACAAAACCUUAAACAACUGAGCAUCAAGAAAUUAGAACAAGAGCUUCAGGAAAAAGCUCAAGCUCAAUUACUAUUCAAUCCACAACCAGAAAUUGAUUUGUCACUUAAGUUAAAACAAACACCAACUUCCCCAUUGCCAGCAAUAACUAGCCCCAACAGUGCUCUAGCUGCAAAUGCUGGGGGCAAGCAAAAUGAAGACUUGGCUAAGCUUCUUGAACUUCCUGGUCAAACUUUGGGUAUGACAGAACCUCUUAAUAUGGAGCAGUUCAAUGAAUUCGCCAAACUUUUAGCCUAUAGUGAGCUAAGUCCAUCUGCAGCAACUUGCACAGAAACAUAUUUACAGGCUCAUCUGCAGCAGCAUCAACAACAGUUUCUUUUGCAACAACAAGGGCAACCACCACCUCCACCAUCACCCACACUGGUAACUACCACAACACCAAGCUCCACCACAGAAGGACGACCUGGAGGGGGAAAGAGCCAAGGGAGUAAAAGAAAUGGAGCUAACAAAGUUCAACGUACAUUCAAAAUUACUCAACCUUUACAGCAACCACCCCCACCUCCACCACCCCCACCUCCACCUUCAGUUCAUUCACUUCCUGCAGCGGGCCAGUCUCAAGCUCAACAUAUUGUUUUUCAGUCUGAGCAUAAUGGAGCCUCACCAAGUGCUGAGACGGUAUCAAUAUCCCAACAACAGAUCAGUUCUCUCCCACCUCACUUUGAGCAAAUUCUUUUGCCAGUGUCAUCCCAGCAGCCUCAGCUGGCUUAUCCACAGUUGAUGCCCCAACCACAGGAGCAACUAAUACAAAUGCUGAAUCAGCCUAAUUUGCAGCAGUUACAGUUGCAACAUAUUUCCCAACAGCCAAACCAGCAUAUUAUACAAGGUGAUGUGAACACUCAAAUAACUGCAAAUCACCCUGUUCACCUUUCCCAGCAUCAACAGCAGAUGCUUCAAAAACAGCAAGAAAGUGCACAACAGCUUUUGCAACAACAAUUGCAGCAACUCAAAGGACCAGGUUCAGUAAAUCACACAAUAGCUACCAGCAAACCUCAGGUGGUCCGAAAGCAGCAACGAGUAGUUCAAACUCCACCUGCAAAUCAUCAGAAUGCUAUCUCUAAUUUGGAUAUCACUAAUGGAAGCUCCUCACCUAAUCAAGUUAUGGGCAUGUCAACUAAUACUCUGUAUUCAUCUGUUGAUGUGGAUUCACAAACAGAAAGUAAUCAUGAUACUGCUCUUACACUUGCUUGUGCUGGGGGACAUGCAGAACUAGUCACUCUUUUGCUGGCCAAGGGGGCUGAUAUUGAACAUCGAGACAAAAAAGGUUUUACACCCCUUAUUUUGUCUGCUACUGCGGGGCAUGUGGAUGUGGUAGAGAUCUUGUUAGAUCAUCAUGCAGAUAUUGAAGCACAAUCUGAGAGAACAAAAGAUACUCCUUUAUCUCUGGCUUGUUCAGGAGGUAGAUAUGAGGUUGUUGAAUUACUAUUAAAUAGGAAUGCAAACAAAGAACACCGCAAUGUAUCUGACUAUACACCUCUCAGUUUAGCUGCCUCUGGUGGUUAUGUUAAUAUUAUCAAGCUACUACUCUCCCAUAAUGCUGAAAUUAAUUCUAGGACUGGUAGUAAACUGGGAAUAUCACCACUGAUGCUUGCUGCAAUGAAUGGUCAUACUGCAGCUGUCAAACUUCUGCUAGAUAUGGGAAGUGAUAUUAAUGCUCAAAUUGAAACAAACAGAAACACUGCCCUAACACUGGCUUGUUUCCAGGGCCGACAUGAAGUUGUAAGCCUUCUUGUAGAUCGCAAGGCAAACAUUGAGCAUAGGGCUAAGACUGGUCUUACUCCAUUGAUGGAGGCAGCUUCUGGUGGUUAUGUUGAAGUUGGUAGAGUUCUUCUGGACAAAGGAGCAGAUGUCAAUGCUCCCCCUGUACCUUCUUCUCGUGAUACAGCUCUAACCAUUGCAGCUGACAAAGGGCAUUACAGAUUUGUUGAGCUUCUUUUACACAGAGGGGCUUCAGUUGAUGUCAAGAAUAAGAAAGGAAACUCUCCCCUGUGGCUAGCUUGCAAUGGGGGGCACAGUGAUGUUGUCUCUUUGCUGGUUCAAGCUGAUGCAGACAUUGACAGUCAAGACAAUAGAAAAGUUUCAUGCCUUAUGGCUGCUUUCAGACGAGGUCAUGUCAAAGUUGUCAAAUGGAUGGUGAAAAAGGUCACGCAAUUUCCCUCUGAAAAUGAAAUCAAGAGAUACAUUGCUACAAUAACAGACAAAGAGCUUCAAAAAAAGUGCAAUCAGUGUGCUGAAAUUAUAGUGUCAGCAAAAGAUCGACAAGCUGCUGAAGCUAAUAAAAAUGCUGACAGUUUAUUGGAAGAAAUAAAGCAAGAAAAAGAGCAAGCAGCCCUCAAAGCCGAAUUGGCAAGCAAAAGACGAGAGCGACGACGAGAACGUAAGAAAAAAGGGAAACAAAAAGAUGAGAAGCCUGAAAAAGAUAGUGGUAAAAAUUCCUCACCGGAACCAGAGGGUGAAUUAAGUUGUAACAAAAAGGAUGAUGAUGAGGAGGAUGAUGAUGAUGAAGAUGACAGUAACUUUGAACCUAAUCUGAUGUUGGGUAUGCCAAGUGGAAUCAAGUGCAAUCAACACUUAGCUUCAUGUGGGAAAAAUGAUAACAAAAAUCACAAAGCCAAGGUUGCCAAUUCAUCUGUGAUUAAGAGUCAGAACUCUGUGGAGAAUCAACAGGUGUCAAGACUUCCCCCUAACAUGACAACUGCUGCUGUAGCUUCAUCAACAUCCUCUACCCCUGCUCUUAUGGAGACUGCAAAUGUCAUACCUAGUGCAGCUACUGCAAGAGCCAAUAGAGAUGCUAGGAAAAAGCAACAGAAAGCUGCACGUGAAAACAGAAGGGAAGCCAGUGACCAGGAUGCUGGGCUAAGGAGUGUGAAGGCAGAAAUGAAUAAGAAGCAAGUCAACCAAGCUUUACAAGUUACGAUUGCAAAAAUAACAACUUUAAUUGAGUCUGUUGUUACUGUUACUGCCAUCACAUCACAGGCUAGUUUUGGUACUGUUACUCAAGUGAGCAGUAGCAUCGGCCAUGGGAUGCAGUUGUGUAGCUCCACAAAACCUGUUCACAAUAGUGUGAAUAGUACUGUACCCAUGGCAGUUUCAACUGCAAGUAAUGCUAGUAACAAAGAGGUUUAUCUUAACGGCCCUAGUGAUGGAGGAAAUAAACCUCGUGUAAAGAAAUCCGACAUCAUAAAGCAUAGCAGUACCACAGGUAUUGGAGACUUGGAUGACUUUGGUGUGAUUCCCAGUGUACUGAAGUCUUUUGAUAAGGUUAAUGGACGCUCCGUAAAUAUAAAAAAAUUGAACCCUAAUGACAAGAAAGACUGGAUAGAAGAGUAUAGAUACUAUGAAAAAGGUCAGACAAACAACAGACUGUCAUCCACUGCCCCAAGUCCAAGAAAAGGUCAAAAAAAGGAAGAAGGGUGGAAAGAAGUUGUGCGUAAAAAUAUGUCAAAAAAGCUUUCAGUGCCAGCUAAUGUGAUAUCACGCCUUAUUGGAAAGGGAGGUUGCAAUAUCAAUGCUAUAAGAGAAGUUUCAGGGGCACAUGUGGAGGUUGAGAAAUCUAAAGGAAAUUCAGAAAGAACAGUAACAAUAAAGGGAUAUCCGGAGGCUAUUCGUCAUGCAAAUAAUUUGAUAAAUGCAAUGAUUGAGGAACCUGAUAAAGAUAUCUCAGAACUACUCGCUCGUGCUGCCAAGAUGCAGAAAGCACAAGUAGAAAAGACUCAGCCACAGAAAACCCCAGUUUCAAUUGCAGAUUUUGCCAUUGGAACAUUUACAAUACCCACUACUUCAUCUCAUAGCACAUCUACAACAACUUCCAAGUCACCUGCCCCUUCAAAAUCAGUCAGGCAAGGAAUAAACCAAUCAAAUUCUGGCCGCUCUUCAAGUUCCACGUCUAAUUCUAUUGGGCCAACUAUAGGGGCCUGGCAAAAUCCUGUUCCUGGUCAGGGUCCACCACCUUCUCCCCGAAGAAGUCCCCAGAAACAAGUGACACCUAAUUCGUCUUUAGUUGGUGUCAGGACAGUUACAGCAUCCAGCUCUGAAAAAUCCUCAGCUAGACAGCUGACUUUUGGUGGUGAUCGGAAAAGAUCAGUUUCUCCAGUGUCAACUACUAGCUCUGCUUCUCUUAGCUUUAGUACUACAGCAACUAGUACUAUGAGAGGAGUCGUGUCUAGUAGUACUAUUAUGUCCAGCUCAGUUCACCCCAAAUCACAGGAUCCCAGGAUGCAAAGUCAAAUCAAAACUGCACUUGGGAGUCCUACCACUGUCAAUGUUAGAUUUGCCCGGCCAGGGCAGAUGCAGUCACAGAUGCCUCUACCUAUCGUCACCAGUGGAGCCACAAAUCAUAUUGACCGCAAUAGUCAGCAAGGGAAUACUGCCAAUCAACCAGGAGAGUACUCCCCCUUCAACAACAGCCUGUUCACGAGCUUCCUUGCUAAGAAAGAAGAACAGGCAGACAAAAUGGACUUUGCCAGUGUGGCUGCAGCAGGCGUUGUCACAACCAGUCCCAGCACUCAAACAACAUCUAUCCCUACUUCAGUUGUUACAAAUGAUAAUGGUGUUGACCCACAACUGCAAGCUAAGGCACCUGGUUAUAAAAUUCAACGGGGUAACUCUCCUCCUUACCGUUCUGAUUUGCAGGAAUCUAACAUGGCAAAUUACCGCAUACCAGCAAUGGGCAAUGUACCCGGAAUGGGCCUUGGGGGCAUGAAUCCAGGAAUCCGACAUGGAAUGCAUAUGCAUCCAUAUAUGGAUCAUGAAAAUUACAGGAAUUUGCUUUUACAGCACUUUAACCAGCAGUAUCCUUAUAAAGAUAAUGCUAUGAUUUCUCAUCUUAGAAUGGAUAUGAGUGGAGGAAUACCUAUUACUCAUUUCCCACAGAAUAUGAUAGGAAUCCCAAUGCCGCCAGGCCAGCAACAACUGCCCCAAAAAGAAGAAUACAGCAAGCCUCACAGACCUAUGACUUUACCAGAGAUCAAAGGUGCUCUUAAUCCAAAUGCCCCUGAGUUUCAGUUGCCAAGUACGGGUCCACAAAUGUUGAAUGGCUAUGAUAGAUCCACAAGCAAUUUGUUAUCUGGUAUGGUGAAUAUUGGAAUGCCUGAUGGUAGACCUCAAGUAGUAGGAGUUCCUGAGGGUCCAAGCCCCAAUGCAAGCCCUAAUCCUGGCUCUGUCAUGACAAACUUAAAUCAAGGUAAUUUACCUCAAAUGAUGCCACCAGAGAUGCUAGGACAAGCUCAAAGUCUGCAGUAUCUCCUCCAGCAAGCUAACUUGGUUAAUGCUAAUAAUGGAGGCAGUCCGCCGCAACAUAAUACAAAUCGCAUGAAUUCUGGUGUCAACCCUGGAUCACUAUCACACAGUUCCCCACCUCAGGGUUUAAUUGGUCAACCCGGCAUUUCUCCAGGUGGAAUUUCUAGUCCUAGCUUUCUUUCCCAGUCUCAACCACAGAGGGCACAUUCUCCUAUGCAAAACUUGCCAGUAGGAAGACCCAACAGUGCUCCUUCUAUGCCACAAGAUGCUGGUUUGUUAAGUGGUCCCAGAAGUGGUUCCCCAUUGUCAACAAGAACACCACCCGUGGAACUUAACAAAACUAUCCAACCGAUAGGAGGUGAACGAAAGAAAGGACCAGUAAGGCCAGUUACCAAUCCGCCUUCUUUUGGAACUCUUUGGAAUUAUAAUAAUAGCUCUGCAAACAGCAUUGUAUACCAGCGCAUACCAGAUGCAGAAGAGGAACGCAUGGAAUACAACAUGCAGCCUCAGGUACAAUACACAGAUGCAGGAGGGGUUCCAGGCAGUGAUGGUGAUCACAACAGUAUGGCCCAUGUGCAAGGUAUGUUGGUUCAAGGAAUGUAUGGAAAUGGACCUUAUCCAAUGGGGCACAUAUAUCAUCCAAAGGGUGCAGCUGGUGACUCACAAACACCUCCCCUUUGGAAUACGGCUAUGACCUCGGCUCCAUCUGACCAAAAUGACCUAGAGAGAUGGCAGUCAUGGAAUCAGUGAACUGAAAGUGUCAUUGGCAGAAUGUAUAUGUUAUUAUUGUCUACAUUUUUCUUUUACUUUUUUUUUAAAUUAAAAAAAGAUUGCAUUUACAAAGCAACUUCUGCCAGGAAAAUAAAGUAAAAAAAGAUGUGUGAAAAUAUCUUUUUUAAAUAUUUUGUUCAGAUUUUGGAAAGCACUUUCCUUGUAUGUAUUUGUGGAUAAAAACAAGUUUUUUAUUUCUUGCUCUUAAUUAUUGUGGGGGAAAUAGUUAAAUUUAGUUAAAAUUCUAGAAACAGAAGCAUAAAAUUGAAGAUAGUAUUUUCUAGCAUCUCCAGAUAUGUAAAUCAGGAGUGCAUUUUAAUCAGUUUUAAAAGCUUGCUUAUAUAGUUAGAAACAGCUGGUUAGAACAGCAGUUGUGUACACUGAGAAAGUUAAGAAUUAAAAUUGGUGGCCUGCCCCAAUUUGAUUGAUAACAGCCUCUGACAUCCAUGUGGAGACCUAUAUAAAGAGGUAAACCACAAGCAAUUACUGAAUCAUACUAGAUGUACCUUGUGUGGACAUCGUCUUAACCUAUCUGGCUUUUUUCUCAUCCAUUUCAUCUCAUUCUUUUAAAUUGGCUGUUUUGGCCAAGGUUUGAGAGGAGUGGGCAUAUGACAUUUUGAAACAUUCAAAAAUAAAAAGUAAAGCAAAAUAAUAUAAUUUGUUGGCUU